UCCAAGUAACGAGGAUUCAAAUACCCCUCGACGCGGUUCACGUUCUUUCCUUCCUCACGCUUACAACCAACCAACUUGAUCAACGGCAACCCAACCAGGACACUCAACGACCUCCAAGCAGAAAAGAUGUUUCGUCGCCGUUGGUCAGGCCUUCCAGCUGAACCAAAGUUCACCCCAGACCUCAAGGAGCUCGGAUACUUCAUCAACGAGGAAGAUGAAGUUCGCUACUGGCAAGACCCCGACUUCUACUUCAAGUACUUCUCGACCAAGAACGUGAGGUACAACGACUGUCAGCGCUUCGCCUUCAACGAGGUAGUCAAACAGAUCAUCGACUCACGCCUCGAAGCCGAAGGCCUGAAGAAGGCCCUCCUCCCGCUCGGCGUUGCCAGCGAGGAUGAGCGUCAUGUCAAGAUCCGUCUCAGCGAGGAUCUCUCCACCAAGUCGCGCGUCGUGAUCAUCUUCGGCCAGUCCGGCCAGGACUUUGGCAUUCUGGCGCACCGUGUGGCCAGCGGAUUGGGCGGUCUCAACAAGGGCUCGAUGAUGAACAUGGUCAAGGCUCUCAAGCAGCAGAAGUCUUCCGCCACCGACGACGCUGCGCCCGGCAUCAUCCUCGCCAACCCUGGCAACCUCUGGUGGUGGCCUGAGGGGAAGAAAGGGCUGAGUGAGUUUGCUCGUCACCAGAUUCCGGGUAGCAGUCUGGUUCACUGGGGUUGGCACCACGAUCCGGAGAGGAAUACCAUUCCGGAGAAUGCCAAUCCGACGGAGCAUGUCAAGUAUAUCUUUGAGAAGGUGGUGCCGCAGUUCGUUAGUGAGAAGGCCAAGAUCGAUGUCAUCGCGCUCGGUGACAUGGCGGAUGAGGUGGAGCAGUACCUCGACAAUGACGAUGUCUGGGCGAAGAUCGGACACAGGCUGAACGCUCUCGUUGUGCUGGGUGGCUUUUACGAUAUGCGUGAGGCAAACUGCCAGGGCUUCAAAAAGUUCGUGGAUCAGCGUGGACGCGCCUACAUCAUGAACCAGGAUCCCCUCGACACCCUUAUCGCCGGCCCGGAUGGCGGUAGCCGCGCCGUCACCGGCUACGUCGGCUACGGCUGCCCUACCUACAGUGUCGGCCCCGACGCCUUCAUCAUGGAGCUCGUGCUCAUCGAGGCCGGCUCAGCAGUUCUGAAGUGGCUGCAGGAGGUCGCUAUGGAUAAGGAUUACGUCAAUGAGAGGGUUCACAUCUUCCCCGAGGAAGAGGAGGAUGACGGUAAAUGGCCAGGAUGGGAUAAGGACGACGAUGAGUCCAAGGAGGAGACUGAGGAGUUGAAGGAGAAGCACAAGGAAGACGGAGACAAAAGGGACGAUGAUGAACAGGUGGCCAAGAAGGUCAAAGUCAGAGUUCAGAGAGACGUCCAGCCUCCUUCUAAGGAUGAACCCGAGGGUAUCGACGAGGAGUUGGCCAAGGAGAUGUCCAAGAGAGAAAGGAUGGCGGAUGGCAAUGCUGACUCUGAGGAGGAGAUCUAAGAGAAAUCCUAGGAAACCAAGGCUGGUGGUUUCUCGCGUAGGACCGACUCGGUCAAAGGGUUGGGGUGGGUGCUAUCUUCCCAGUUACGAGGAUAAGUGAGACGGGGAUGAUCACACAGGUACGGAACGGGAAGUGCAUCUAGGCUUGGAGUGCCCUCCUCCCAUCCAUGUCGGCGCGAUCUCCUACACAUAAUAGUCUGCAAAUAGUGAAAGGAAGAGGCCAAUCUUCGAGUCAAACAGACGGGGACGUGAUCUUGAGCUCUCCAGGAUUUCCGAUAUUUCUAGAGUUAGUCUAGAGUGGUUUAGUCAAGGCCAUCCGGUGCUGUUUCACAACUAGCCUGAGGUGUUUUCGGAAAUUUCAAGUCGAUAGAUAUCAUGAAUCACAUCGAUAAUCUCCUAGCUGU